AUGACAACCUCUAAGAUUUCAACUUCUAAGAUUUCAACCUCGGACCAGCAAGGUAGAAACGUGAGGUGCAUAAAUGGUACAUCAGGGUCUAAUAGGACCAUAAAUUCCAGGAAGACGGUCUCAGUGGUGACCGAUACUGCAAAGGAGGUCCCGAUGUCUAGAAGAAAGAAUUUGCCUAGAAAGAAACACCCCGUAAAUGAGGAUCUUCCGUCUGGACAAAUUGUUCCUGAUAUUUCAUCUAGAAACGGCUAUCCAUGCCUGACGUAUCUUCCACUAGUAAAGUUGAUGAAAACAUCUGCAGCAGCAGCUUUUAUACCGAUCCUUCUGGUGACAUGCUAUUUUCGAAAAGCUCGGCAUUAUCUUCCUGGAUUCAAUGUAAUUGGCGGAGAUGCUCUGAGUGCUAUUUUGAAGAAAAAGCUUCAGGAAUUGACAAGCAGAAUCGAGUCAUCCAACUGCAAUAUCAUCAUAGAGGGGACUUCUACUAGCCUUACACCCACUUUGAAAAAUUCAGUGCCGGCGACCACAACAUCGGCAGCACAUAACGAAAGGCUUCCGGUGGAUCAAGAUAAUGAUAUUGCAUAUAGCUCAGGUGACUUGGACCGAUCUUCUGACAACCUGGCGCAUGAUUGGAGAAGGAAGUGGCAGCAGUCCGAAGAAAUCGAAGAGCAAAAUGCAGCCUGCAGCAGCAGCGAGACUGGCAUAGAAGUCGAUAACCGACAUCCUGUCCUGCUUUCAGCUCUUGAACCUGCUGUCACUAGCGCUGGCUGCUCGAGUAGCAGAAACUGCACCACAACAUCGAUGUCGGAUCAAGAUCAAGAAGUGUUAAAUGGGGCCUCCGGAAGCGAGUCUCGGACAGAAAUCGGUACGGAGUUAACCGACUCAGCAUCUUCCAAACCUGCGGGAGAAACGAACGGAACGCUUUCAACUAUGGCAUCAAAUUCCACGGACUAUAAACAGUCAAUCAAAUGGGAAGCCGAUUUUGUGAAAAUGGUGCUAAAAGAUUCUGAGCUAUUGUUCAAAGAAUAUGCAUCGGGUCAGACCGAAAAGGUAAUGACCCUGAAGGCCUUCAAUCAACUCGAGCAUCCGAAUGGAACAGAGAGAAACGGAGAAGACUACAAGCUUGCACAAAAGCUUUUGCCCGAUUACGUGAGUGAAUGCUUGGAGGCGAGGUACCGAAAGGUUCUGGUCGGAAGCUGCAAAGGACGUGUUAACUGGGAAAAAACGAUACAGCAACCGGAUCGGUUGGACGACAAGUUGAGCAAAGAGAUUUCGGGCUGGAAAAGCAUGGGGGACACAAUGGUGGAUGAUAUUGUAGACAUGGACAUGAGCACAAAGCAUGGGAGAUGGCUGGAUUUUGACAUGGAAGCAUUGGAACAGGGUGUGGAGAUUCAGAAGAACAUACUAACUUCAUUAGUUGAUGAAUUAGUUUCUGAUUUAUCAUUUUAAGGCUGCUUUGAGAUUAGGGUAAU